UGAAAUUUGUCGUAUUGUUUAUUUUUGCAAAUAUCACUAUUUAAACAGUUAUGCAGUUAUCUGAUAAAACUAACUGGAUACCUUGAAAUAUUUAGCUUUUAACUAAAGAACUAAAGCAAUGAAACGCAUAAAACGGCAUAAAAUUAAGCGGGAGGAGCCCGAAACGUCGUACGCUCGGAAUGAAGAACACGACCUGGCUUAUUACAUUCAUGAUAGAGUUGAACUAAUGCAUCAAGUAUUUUCUGUUCUAAAACAUAAGGAACUAAGAUCGAUGGCUCCGGAGUGCGUACGGCAUAUAUCCAUUGAUGAUUUACAGGAAUUGUGCACGGAAGAGCUUCUGGGCAUAAGUUCAAAGCGUCUCUGUGCAAUCUUGGAUGGAGCGGAACCACCGUCCAACACAGAGUCAUCAAGCUCAUCACCAGAGCGCAUGGAAACUAUAUCAUUGGAUAGCAUAUCAUCUGAUGACGAGAUACUGAGCGAGACUAGCACGAAGAAGAGUAAAAAGCACAAACACAAACACCACAAGAGCAAACAAAAGCGGAACCCCGCCCCCGAGGGCGAAGACUCGCGCGCGUCCCGCGCGGGGCUCACGGUAUUGGAGUUACUUGAGUUGCAAGCAAGGGCCAGAGCGAUAAGGGCUCAACUGCAGAGAGCUAACGUACCACCAGAAACAGAAACAACCACUGUACCACAGUCUGACGAUGAUGAGGUGGUGAUCAAAGAGGAAGCCCCUGAGGUGGUGGAGAUCAGCAGCGAGGAUGAGAAGCCAAGUGUUAAGGAACUUGACAAAAAAUUACAAACAAACGGCGAAAAAUCAAGUGAAAACGCAAAAACAGUCACAAAGAAAAUCAAUGAUUUGAUAAUAACAGUACCUCAGUCGACACCCACAAGAAAAAUUAAAUUAAACAGAACUAAAUCCGUUAAAAAAGACGACGAAGUCACUAAAACAAAUGCACCAGAAACUGUUACAGCCCCUGCAGCUACUCCUUCAGCUCCUGAGAAGAAAACAAAGAAAAAGCAAAAGAAAAAAGAUAAAAAGAAAAACAAAGAUGGCAGCGAUCAAGAUGAGAUUACGUUACAACUGUCCGAUACAGAGAAAAUGGAUUUAUUAGAAGAUUUGGAUAGAAAAAGUUCGAGCUCUGAAGACUCUGAAAGCAGUUCGAGUUCUGAUGAUAUAAGUUCAGAUAGUUCAGAUGAGAAAUCUAAGAAAAGUAAUACAAAAGAUGUUAAAGUUACAAAGCCUUUGGAAAAGACAGAAAAUGAAGACAAAUCUGUAUCUAUGGACACUGAUAUUAAAAUUGAUAAUCCAGUCGAGAUGGUUAAGGAUAUUGUAGUAAAUGAAACAAAUAAAAGUGAUGAAACUGUAAUUGAACAAAGAGAAACUAAAGACACAAAUCAAUCUGUUACAGAAAUUAUCAAUAACGAAGUGAAUAAUAAGGAAAUUGCCAAUAGUGAAGAAAAUAAUGCCAUAACUACAGAAAGUACUGAAAAAAUGGACGUAGAUGUUCCAACCGAAGAUAUACCACAAAACGCUCAAUCGAAAGAAACUCCUAAAGAAAUAGAAGAAGGUGAAAUAACUGAAAACAGUAGAAAUCUAUCUGAAGGCGAGAUAUCUCAAGAAAGUAUCGACGUUAAAGAAACAGCUACAAAUACACAAGAUGUUGUCUGCAUUUCAGACGACGAGAAGAAAAGCAAAAAGAAAAAGAAGGAAAAGAAGAAGAAGUCCAAAAAGUCGGAUUUUCGCGAGAGCGCUGAUCAAAAUUUCUAUAAAAAAGAUGCAACUAAUUGUGUAGAAGCUAAAAUUACGACAGAAAACGAUACAAAAACAGGUAAAAAUCCAGGCACAGAUUGUGAAGAAACCCAAAUUAUAGACACGGACAAAGAUAUAAACACAGAUAAAAAAGCAGAUACAGAUUGUAUUGAAACUGAAAUUAUAGAUAUAGAAAAAGAUGCAAAAAUUGAUAAAAAACCAAAUACAGAUUGUGUUGAAACUCAAAUUACAGAUACAAAAACAGACAUACUAAUAAUAGAUAAAGAUAAAGAAACUUGCACAGAUGACGUAUUCGAAUAUUUAGAAUUAUCCGACGAUUCGUCGUGUUACGAAGUCGAAGGAAUUUCCGUGUUAUCAAAAGAACCAACAGCGCAAGAAAUAGCGGCGCUUUCUGCUAAAAUAGACGAAAUAGAUAGAGAUGAAGUUAUCACAGAGGAAGAGAUAAGGGAGUACGAACAAAUGGAGGCAGAGAAAGAGAAAGAUUCAGAUCAAGUAGAGAAUAUAUCGUGGAAAGAUAGAUAUUUGGAAAGCAAGAAGGUUAAAAGUGUGUUAAAUACUGCAAAUAUUUUGAACGCGUUGAGAAAGAAGAAUAAAGAAUUGAAACAUAAAAUAGAAGAAGCUAAAAAGGCAAUUGUAGAAACGAUAGAACCAGAAGUCCCUCAAGAAGUAGAAAAUACAUCUAACGUCGUUGAAGGAUCUAUAGAUCAUUAUAACACGUUGGAGGGAUCAACGAAAUUCGUAGAUCCCGUCAAAGAGGUGGAAGAAAAGAAGGUUUCGAAGGAAAUGAAAAAAGAUGCGAAACAAUUGUUGAAAAUGUAUAAGAAACUUCUGAAAUAUAAUGAUAUGAAUAAAAAGAAAGAUCCGAAUAAAAAGAAAAAGAAAAAGCAGAAGAAGAAUAAAGAUAAAGAUAAAAGUAAUUAAUUUAAUUACUUAUGU